AUCAGCUAAACUGUUAAUGAGUACUGGCAGCAGCGAAGAAGAUCUCGAUGACAUUAUUGAUGAAAUCUGUAAUGACAGCAGCUUUACCAAAACACCUCAGAAAUUAAAAUCUAGCUCUGCAAGUCUCACACCUGAAAGAACUGGUGCUGUUGUACAGCCACGUGGGAAAAGAUGCUGUCCAGUGUACCUGGGUGGAAGCUCUUCACCUUAUGGCAUAGGAACAAAUAUUUCAAAAAGAACGUGUGAUCAGCUGCGUUGUACUGCUUGUGACUUCCGCGUGUCACUUUUCAAUGACUACAUCUGGGAUCAGUCCUGUGAUUAUCUUUUUUUCAGGAAUAAUAUGCCUGAGUUCAGUAAACUACGAGCGAAGAUGAUAAAGAAGAAAGGAGCACGAGCAUAUGCUUGUCAGUGCAGCUGGAGAUCCAUUGAUGAAUUAACUGACCUCCAGAGAGACCAGCAGCUUCGGUGGGUUUGUGGUAAACAUGGAGAAUGA